AUGUCGAUGGACAGCCACACUCUCCCCCUUUUCCCUUGGGAUCUUCGACUCUCCAAGAUCAAGUCUGAAGCAUACGAAGCUCUUUACUCUGCUGGCGCUCAACGCAAAUCAGACUCGGAAAUCCUCUCAAGUAUUCGGACUCUUGACGAAGCACUAGAGCAGUGGAGGGUAUCAUUACACCCUGACUUCCGGCCAACAUUAUCGUUCUCUCAGGAAAUGCCGGUUUGUGCGAACUUGAACACGCAGGCGGUGAUGUUGCGACUUGCGUACUAUCAUUGCGUUACUAUGAUCCACCAAGCCAGUGAAAGAGGGAGACUGUCCGACGAUUGCAACGAAGGUCGGCUUAGUGGGAUAAAUACCAGUACCAGCCUGGCCAUUAAUGCAGGCACGUCAACGCUGUCCUAUCUUCAGACAGUAUUGCCGGUAGUGGAGGGUGAAUGCUUCUGGUAA